AUGAGAACAUAUCCUUGGUUUCAACCUAGAUUCAGACUAUCUGAGAAAGAACCAGAGGAAGAAGUGACCAUAUUUGACUUCAGGAAGAAGUUCCUAAGUGUGACACUGCCAAGGGACCUGUCUUUUGGAGGUGGGAAGCCUCCUAACUAUCACUUCGGGGCAGAAGUGUACCAUCCCAACUUCUGCGCAAGACAACUUGGCUACCCUUAG